AUGUCAAAGUGCACUCACCGUCUGUGUCCAAUACUGCGGCAUAUCUGUCGAGGUACCAUCGCUCGUCCCAGUAAUGCCAUGAAUGGUCUGGAGACCCGUCCAUUUAUAGUAGAGGGUCCGGGCAUGAUAGUUCCUAUGCUCUUCCCAGUCCUUGCCAUCAAAGGUGGUGCCGGUUCCGAAUGCGGCUACGAGUUGGGUAAAUCGAGGACUGUCUUGGAAAUAUCGGCGAGUAACGGGGAUGAAGGGAAUGCAAAGGAUGACGACAUCCUCUUGGAAGAUCUUGAAGAUGACCCACGCGUGAGUGGACUCUGGGGCAGUAACGAGGGUAUAGCAGAGUAUGGAGAGGGCAUCGUUAUUGGAGAGGAUGUUGGGUUGGACGAGGCUGGCGCUUGGGAUAUAAUUGAGAAAGAAUUGGUAGAUGAGCCAUAUAACGGUACUAUUCACUUGCAGAAACAGAAUAUCGAUAAGUGGGCUAAGCGGGAUGCUGAUCGCCGCUUAGUGCGCUCUUUUGAAUGUACUAGUAGACCCUACAAUCGAGACGACGAGUCUAGAUGGGCUGAGCAGACGAUCAGCUUAUAUAGGCUACAAGAGUUGAAUGCAGAUUCCAGGUCACGUUUAAGAAUCUGCAGAGGAAGAGAGGCAAUUGCUACAAGAGUUGAAUGCAGAUUCCAGACCGUGAUUGGGCUGAGGACUGCUGAGGACCGUCUAAAGGACUAUAAGCUAAAGGGUUGCGCUCCUCUCUCCAUCUCCCCUGACCAUAGUCGCCGCAUCACCAACCGCAACACGUCUGGGCACGAACAAAGAACAAAGGCAAAAAGUGAGGAGGAUGGGCGUAUCUAUGGGGCACAAGAACCCGUCUAUGCUCUUUCGGCUGUUGGCGAGUGGAAAUUGAGACCUAUAGAAAUAGUGAACAGAUUCUUUGAUGGCUCGGUUAGCGGCGCAACUUCUGUAUGUGAUGCUCUGAUACGCCCUAAUCCCCUUUUGAAACAGGGAAUCGCAUUGCGAAGACACGCCACAUUUUUGGGAAAGAGCCAGUGCUGCUCCUGUUCAUUGGGGAUAUCGGGAUUAAUGGCCCUUGUAUCCGACCAGCAGGCAACGCGACCUUACUAUCUCGAUCCUCCACUCGAUCCCGAUUAUGAUUUGGGAGGUCACUCAGAGACUAUGGAAGAUAUCAUCGACAAGAUAGCUAUGUGGUAUAGGAUACUCGGAUCAAGAGUGUUGAAAAGGCGGCACUCGAGGGAGUCCAG